AUGAUGCGCUACAAACGUACGAAAAUUGGAUCGGACCUCCGUACCGACUGGCAAUUUACAGACGCAAAAUGGAUCAAACCUCUGGCCAAAAUUCGGGCUUUCCGUACGCAUAAGGAUCGAAGACAAUCAUGUUUUGUCUUGGUUUUGUCUGAUAUCAACACAAUUCUGGACCGUAUUCACCUAUUUUUGAAGGAAACAGCAGAGGGGAGGUUGAUCAUAUCUGGCGUGUCGCCUGAGCUUUUCUGCAACCUGGAGGCAAGGGUGGCACAAAAUGAAAUACCCGGAUUUGAAAGGCUACGCAUCGACUACGUUCCCAAUACACUCAUUCUCAGAUAUCCUUCGGCCACGCAAGCUAUCUGUCCACUACUAUUCAACUUGGGAUGCAACCCAUCUCACUUUGAUGGCCUGAUGCCUAUUGUUCCGUACGGCUCCACCGACAUCCCCAUGGCAGACAGCGGAGCCAAAUCCCCAGAUUUUUCUGUUCUUGAUGAGUCUUUCAGCCGGGCCCAUCCUAGUUCCAAAGUUGCUGGUGUUCCCACAGUCGUCUGGGAAGUUGCGUACUCAGUGACAAAGAAGAAGCUUGCUGAGGACUGUGGACGAUGGGUUGCUUUGUCAGAUGGCGGCGUUCAGCUUGCCAACGGAAUUGAUAUCGAGUACGCUGGGAAGGAUGGACCAGUGGAAGAAUUGACAUGGACCUUUUGGGAGCUGGAGACGGAAAUUCUUGAUUCCGUGGAGGAUGGCCAGGUUCUCUCAGCGUUGGUGAGGGAAGGUCAUGGAAAUGACCCACCUCAAUUCCACUCUUUUCGACAUCUUACGAAUGAGUUCUACAUCAAGUACAUAGCCCGUGCAACUCAUAUCCUACCCCCUAAUUCCCAAUGCCCAAAGACAAUCGAGAUUUUACAUCGCCAUGUCUUUCGAAACCCGCCAGAUGGCAAAGCCCAUCUUCCAUAUUACUCCUACAAUGUCCAAGCUAUUCGGGAUGCUGUUGCAGUUCUUAGACGGGCACAUAUUUCACUAGCAGAGAAGCGUCAGCUAGAGAAGGAAGGUGUUGCGGAUUCAGUGCCAGAUAUUGAGGAGGCGCUCCAGCAAGUUGCUGAAUUCAGGAAGAAUAAAAUUUCGAACGCAAACACUUGACAUCGUCCAGUCUCUCGAGCGCUGUGUGCUAAACACUUGUCAAGUCUUGUAUACAUAGCCCUACCUACCAGUAUUGCACAGAGCUUUUCAAAUUUGAAA